UCCUCCUCUCAACCUGAUGCUCACUGCAACAAGGUCAUUUGAAGCUCAGCCAGAAGAGUUGAUUUAACUAAUUUUGCUUAAAGAAUGUCUCCACUGCUUUUAUACAAAGAUACUAAGGGACUCCAAAAUCUGCUAGAUUCAUUGUGUGAUCUUUUUCUCUGUAAAUUCCUCCUCUCUUUUACAGUCCUCAUUUUUCAUUGAGGCUAGGAUUAAUGUAAUAUACUACAGAGGUCCACGUAGUACAGAUUAGGGAAGAAAGAAACGUUCACUGGAAGUUUUUGACAGGUCUCCAAACAAGGAAAGCCCACAUUUGCUUCUUGUGGGGAGUCUGUAUCCUUGGUCCUGAAUCUGGCCUCCAGAGGGUGAUGUUGACAAGGGACAGAUGGCUGUUUCCAAUGAUGAUCAACAUUUUCUGCUCAGCCCCUUCUUCCUGCAGCUGGCUUACUGAAGCACUGUCACUGGAGUUCUUUGAAGAUGGGACAAAUGGAGAGAAUCAAAGAUUGAAAAGCACUGAAGAUUAUCUCGGCAGUUCUUGUAUUUUUACCAAAACAAGAGACUUGCCUAGCCCAACCUUCCUCACACUCGCUAUUCUCAAGACCUGGGUUCCAGCCACUUUCUUACCGGCUCUGAGGAGAAUUUCCAAAGAGACACCUGCAGUUUUUCCACAGCUCAGCCAUGCUCCUUUUGCUCAUACCAGUGCUGGGGAUGAUUUUUGCCCUGAGAGAUGCCAGAGCCCAGUCUGUAAGCCAGCAUGACCACCAUGUAAUUCUCUCUAAAGGGGCCUCACUGGAGUUGGGAUGCAACUAUUCCUAUGGUGGCACUGUUAAUCUCUUCUGGUAUGCCUAGCACCCUGGUCAAGACCUUCUGUUUCUCCUCAAGUACCUUUCAGGGGACCCAUUGGUUAAAGACAUCAAAGGCUUUGAGGCUGAAUUUAUGAAGAGUAGAUUCUUCUUUAACCUGAGGAAACCCUCUGGGCAGUGGAGUGACAUGGCUGAGUACUUCUGUGCCGUGAAUGCCACAGUGUAUGGGACUGCAAAGGGAGCUGAACACAAACUUCAUAAUGUGCUAGGGAGAAUAACUGCCUCUGAAAGAUUUUGGAUUCUAACACAGUAGAAACCGUGAUGUUAGUUUUUUUAAAAAUGUAUUUUUAAUUUUUAGGGAUACAUAGUAGGUGCAUAUGUUUAUGGAGUACAUGAGAUAUUUUGA